AUGAAAUGUUCUACUACCUCAAUACUUGUCGCUUUUGUCGGCUUCACUUCGGCUGUGCCGUUUGAAAAGCGAGAAGUUCCCCAGGAGCAUUCUCACCAGCAAGUUGUCGAUAAGGUCGGUGUAAGUCUAAGGAUCGACAACCCUAAAAAUAUACAAGAUCCGAUAUUUGGACUCCUCGGCGAUGCUGCUGCCGUGAAAGGCGCAGGUGAUGUUACAAAUUUAGACUGUCUCCAACGAUCAAUUGCAGACCAAGCCUUCACCAAUGAGAAAAAGGCUGGAAAUAUCGACGGUAUGGCUAAUGCUUUGAUCUUCGCCGCUCUUGAAAAGAAUACCGGCGCUGUCGGUAGGGCCAGCAAUACCUGCACAGAGAAGGCAGUUAACCCAGAGAUUGAUGCCAUCAGUCAACAUCAGGAUCCGGCUGGGGCUGGAGCUGCAGCGGCCAACAAGAAGACAGUUCUUGGUCUAGCAGUGCAGCUCGAAAGUAUUGGAGCUGAUCCUCAGCUUGCAGCUACGUCAGCGACGUUUGCACCCGGAAAGGCUGACGAUCAGUCUGGCGCGGGAAACACUUGUGACGACCUGGACGACAAGAAAGGUUGCAUCUUUACUAAGAAAUUAAUACAAGUUGAAGCCACUCCCGAAGAAAUAGACGCAGCAGUUCAGGGUGGUGGUAGUGGUGCUAGUAGCAUUAGCAGUUCAUCUGUCGAAGAAAAAGAAGCUGGGAAGGCUGGUGCUGCCAAAGUUAAGGCCGGAGAAGAACUCGAAGAAGGUGCUGAUGCCGCCGACGCAAAAGAGGAAGCUAACGGUGGAAAAGUAGCCGGAAAAGCAAAUGCCGCUGGUGAAAAAGAAGCUGGAAAAGCAAAUGCUGCUGGUGAAAAAGAAGCUGGAAAGGCUGGUGCUGCCAAAGUUAAGGCCGGAGAAGAACUCGAAGAAGGUGCUGAUGCCGCCGACGCAAAAAAGGAAGCUAAGGGUGGAAAAGAAGCCGGAAAAGCAAACGCGGCUGGUGAAAAAGAAGCUGGAAAAGCAGAUGCUGCUGGUGAAAAAGAAGCUGGGAAGGCUGAUGCUGCCAAGGCUAAUGAUCACAAGAAGUCCGGAGCUGAAGCUAACGCGGCUGAUGAAAAUGAAGCCGGAAAAGCAAAUGCUGCUGGUGAAAAAGAACCUGGGAAGGCUGAUGCUGCCAAGGCUAAUGAUCACAAGAAGUCUGGAGCUGAAGCUAACGCGGCUGAUGAAAAUGAAGCCGGAAAAGCAAAUGCUGCUGGUGAAAAAGAAGCUGGAAAAGCAAAUGCUGCUGGUGAAAAAGAAGCUGGAAAGGCUGGUGCUGCCAAAGUUAAGGCCGGAGAAGAACUCGAAGAAGGUGCUGAUGCCGCCGACGCAAAAAAGGAAGCUAAGGGUGGAAAAGAAGCUGGAAAAGCAAAUGCCGCUGGUGAAAAAGAAGCUGGAAAAGCAGAUGCUGCUGGUGAAAAAGAAGCUGGAAAAGCAGAUGCUGCUGGUGAAAAAGAACCUGGGAAGGCUGAUGCUGCCAAGGCUAAUGAUCACAAGAAGUCCGGAGCUGAAGCUAACGCGGCUGAUGAAAAUGAAGCCGGAAAAGCAAAUGCUGCUGGUGAAAAAGAAGCUGGAAAAGCUGGUGCUGCCAAAGUUAAGGCCGGAGAAGAACUCGAAGAAGGUGCUGAUGCCGCCGACGCAAAAGAGGAAGCUAACGGUGGAAAAGUAGCCGGAAAAGCAAAUGCCGCUGGUGAAAAAGAAGCUGGAAAAGCAAAUGCUGCUGGUGAAAAAGAAGCUGGAAAGGCUGGUGCUGCCAAAGUUAAGGCCGGAGAAGAACUCGAAGAAGGUGCUGAUGCCGCUGACGCAAAAGAGGAAGCUAACGGUGGAAAAGAAGCCGGAAAAGCAAAUGCCGCUGGUGAAAAAGAAGCUGGAAAAGCAAAUGCUGCUGGUGAAAAAGAAGCUGGAAAGGCUGGUGCUGCCAAAGUUAAGGCCGGAGAAGAACUCGAAGAAGGUGCUGAUGCCGCUGACGCAAAAGAGGAAGCUAAGAGUGGAAAAGAAGCCGGAAAAGCAAACGCGGCUGGUGAAAAAGAAGCUGGAAAAGCAGAUGCUGCUGGUGAAAAAGAAGCUGGAAAAGCAAAUGCUGCUGGUGAAAAAGAAGCUGGAAAGGCUGGUGCUGCCAAAGUUAAGGCCGGAGAAGAACUCGAAGAAGGUGCUGAUGCCGCUGACGCAAAAGAGGAAGCUAAGAGUGGAAAAGAAGCCGGAAAAGCAAACGCGGCUGGUGAAAAAGAAGCUGGAAAAGCAGAUGCUGCUGGUGAAAAAGAAGCUGGAAAAGCAGAUGCUGCUGGUGAAAAAGAAGCUGGGAAGGCUGAUGCUGCCAAGGCUAAUGAUCACAAGAAGUCCGGAGCUGAAGCUAACGCGGCUGAUGAAAAUGAAGCCGGAAAAGCAAAUGCUGCUGGUGAAAAAGAAGCUGGAAAAGCUGGUGCUGCCAAAGUUAAGGCCGGAGAAGAACUCGAAGAAGGUGCUGAUGCCGCCGACGCAAAAGAGGAAGCUAAGAGUGGAAAAGAAGCCGGAAAAGCAAAUGCAGCUGGUGAAAAAGAAGCUGGAAAAGCAGAUGCUGCUGGUGAAAAAGAAGCUGGAAAAGCAGAUGCUGCUGGUGAAAAAGAAGCUGGAAAAGCAGAUGCUGCUGGUGAAAAAGAAGCUGGAAAAGCAAAUACUGCUGGUGAAAAAGAAGCUGGAAAAGCAAAUGCUGCUGGUGAAAAAGAAGCUGGAAAAGCUGGUGCUGCCAAAGUUAAGGCCGGAGAAGAACUCGAAGAAGGUGCUGAUGCCGCCGACGCAAAAGAGGAAGCUAACGGUGGAAAAGAAGCCGGAAAAGCAAAUGCCGCUGAUGAAAAAGAAGCUGGAAAGGCUGGUGCUGCCAAGGUUAAGGCCGGAGAAGAACUUGAAGAAGGUGCUGGGAAGGGCAAUAAGGGAGUAGGAAAAGGUGGGCCCAAGGGAGGACCUGAAGGUCUUGAUGCAGCCGGCGAAGAAGAAGAAGCUGGGAAAGGCAAAAAGGGAGCAGGUAAAGGUGGGCCCAAGGGAGGACCUGAAGGUCUUGAUGCUGCCGGCGAAGAAGAAGAAGCUGGGAAAGGCAAAAAGGGAGCAGGUAAAGGUGGGCCCAAGGGAGGACCUGAAGGUCUUGAUGCAGCCGGCGAAGAAGAAGAAGCUGGGAAAGGCAAAAAGGGAGCAGGUAAAGGUGGGCCCAAGGGAGGACCUGAAGGUCUUGAUGCUGCCGGCGAAGAAGAAGAAGCUGGGAAAGGCAAAAAGGGAGCAGGUAAAGGUGGGCCCAAGGGAGGACCUGAAGGUCUUGAUGCUGCCGGCGAAGAAGGAGAAGCUGGGAAAGGCAAAAAGGGAGCAGGUAAAGGUGGGCCCAAGGGAGGACCUGAAGGUCUUGAUGCUGCCGGCGAAGAAGAAGAAGCUGGGAAAGGCAAAAAGGGAGCUGGAAGGGCUAGUGCCGUCAAGGAACUGGGCGAAGAAGCCUGA